UCAGGAGUUCAUGUACUGUUUGCUGUUCAUCAUUUGGCACAGACCAUUAAAACUGUAAAUCUACAGCCUGAGUCCUCGGAUCACCCCUGACUCUCGCUCUAUGUGAUGUCUCUUCUCUCAUGGGACGGUUUGUGCCGGAUCGCUGAAGGAUGUGGGAACAGGAGCACCUUUCAUUCACAUGGAUCACAGGAUGUGUGUAUGAGUUGAGAUAGAGCUGAGGCAGUGAUGGAGGCAGGACUGAACUGCAGCUCUCACUGUGAGUCUGGCGUCUGCUUCAUCUAUCCAGGAGUGAACAGUCAGCAGGGCUGGGACGUCCUGCAGAGACUGUGUGCGCUCGCAGCGCGGGGUGUGGAUGCACCGAGUCGAUCUCCGUCUCCUGCUCUCCGUGCUGUAGUCUGGACGCUCCUCUCUUCUGGGAUUCUGCUGGCGCUCUUCUUCCUCAUUUUCACACUGCGCUUCAAAAACAACAGGAUAGUGAAGAUGUCCAGUCCCAAUCUGAAUGUGUUGACUCUCUGUGGCAGUGUACUCACAUACAGCAGCGGCUUCUUAUUCGCCUUGGAGGAGAGAGGAACGCUGUCAGGAGCAGGAUCAAACACAGUACAGGCGCGGAUGUGGACACUGUGUAUCGGCAGCUCUCUAGUGUUCGGCCCCAUUCUUGGGAAAACAUGGCGGCUCUACAGAGUGUUCACUCAGCGUGUGCCCGACAAGAGAGUGAUUAUUAGAGACAUCCAGCUGAUGGGUUUGGUCGCUCUUCUGGUGCUAGUGGAUGUUGUUGUUCUAGCAGCAUGGGCUCUGACGGAUCCGAUCAAGUGCUCUCGCUCUAUUAGUGCUACAGUGAAGGUAGUAGAGCGGGAUGCAUCCUACUCUCUCACCCAGCUGGACUCCUGCUCUUCUCUCUACUCGGACCUCUGGGUAAUCCUGCUCUCUGUGCUUAAGGGCAGUCUCCUCCUGUACGGCACGUAUCUUGCCGGUCUGACAAGCAAUGUGAGCUUACCUCCAGUAAACCAGUCUAUGACCAUCAUAGGUGCUGUCUGUCUGGUCACCAUGUCGAGCGCUGUGGCCGUACCCGUCUCUCUUUACCUGAACGCCUGGCCCAAUGUGGUCUACAGUGUAGUGUCCGGAGCCAUCUUCAUCUGCACAUUGGCCAUAAACUGUCUACUGUUUGUCCCUCAAUUGACCCAGUGGAGGCAGUUUGAAGAGGAGACAAACUCUCACCCCAGUCAAAUGUCCAAAUACUUCAGUAGUCCCAGCAAGACCACACACUCCAUGUACAGCGAGGAUGAGAUCUAUUAUCUACUUGGAGAAAAUGACUCAAUGAAAAGACUCAUCAGUGAGAAGAAUGCAGUUAUUGAUAGCCUACAGGAACAAGUGAACAAUGCCAAGGACAAGCUGCUCAAACUGAUGACUGCUAGCCACCCCUUGGAUGAAGGAGAAAUGGACUCCUCCAACACGAACCUCAACUCCACCUCCACUCAGACCACAGUGGUAUCUCCUAAUUCCCCAACUCUUCUUCUGAUGAAAUACUCAGAAGCUGCUCCCACCCGAGCGCUCGCUCCACCUCCCUAUGUGCCUCCUCCAUCGCUUCCUGCUCAUACUACCUCACAGCAAACAUCCUCUGAAGGCCCAGUAGCUAGGGAAGUUCCUCCUCCUUCACCACACCUGAGGUAUUCACCUCCUCAAGACAGCUCUUCCAAUGAGGUUAUGAGUCUGAAUGGAAACACAGAAGAAGAAGUUCCAUCCAUGAACAAUCUCAGAAACUCAGGUCUUGGAAAAGAGAUUUCGGAGAAGCCAGUAGUCGUGCCUUCGGAACGAGACAAAUUAGCACAGGGUUCCCCUCCUCUGGGUCCUGCUCCGUAUAGUUCCCCACAGGUUGAGUCUCCAGUGCCAUCGGCUUCUGUUGAGCUUCCCGCCGUGUCACCGACGGGGCGACUGGGUUUUGUAACUAAUGAGCAGCUGGUGGAGAUCUUGCAGGAGCUGAGUGUGGACGCCAAGUCCCCCGACCGGGCGCGAAGCCUGUCCCUCAAUCCAGAUGAACUGAGCACGGCUCCUUCUCCUCAAUCUCCUCUACAGUUCUUCUUUCCCACCAUCUCACCCUAUGCCAUGCGUACACGCAGACCUCCUUUUUACUCCUCAAGAGGUGGACCUCCCCCUUACUAUUUUCCAGGCUCGGUUCCUCCAGGGAGGAGGAGGGCACCAGCACUACAGGACCAUGGAAAGUUAAGGGACGAUGACUCUCAAAGACAAGACUUGUGGCAUGAGGGAAAGAGGAGGAGAAGGGGUGAGAAAGCACAGGCUCGAUGUGGCUCGGGACAGAAGCAUUGGGAAGGUUCUUCUCACAAAUGCUCCAUUACACCUUUCACGGGACAGGUUCCUCAGCCUGUCUCUGCUGGACUAAUAGAGGGUGUUGAACACUCAGAGGAGUCAUAUGAUUACUCAGACUCUGACUCCAGCAUCUCAGAGGACUACUGUUACUACCAGCGGCCCUACUGCGGGGCCUGUCAUCACCCCUACGACUCCACAGACAGCCUCACCUCAGGGACCUCCGACAGCGAGGAUGAGGACUUCUACAAGUCACCACAUCCUGCUGUAAACUUUAAAGUGGACCUCAAACCAACCUUUGUAUGAACAGACCACUAUUUGUAUUUAAAGUGGUGCUCUUUUUGUUUCGUCUGGACCUAAUUGAAUUAUUUAGAUAUACACUGCUGUAAGAAGUUUUUUGAAAGAAGUCUCUAUGCUCAGCAAGGCUGCAUUUAUUUCAAAAUUCUUUAUCAGGAAUACAGUAAAACAGUAAUACUGUAAUAUCAGGAUAUCAGAAUGAUUUCUGAAGGAUCAUGUGGCACUGAAGACUGGAGUAGUGAUGCUGAAAAUUCAGCUUUGCAUCACAGAAAAAAAAAAAUAAUAAAAUAAAAAAAAUAUAUAUAUAUAUAUAUAUAUUUAAAAAAAUUACUUUACAAAACAUAAAAAAAAUCUUAAUCAUUCCAAACAUUUUGACCCUGUAUGUUGAAAAUGCACUUCAUACAAACUUGAAUACCCCUCUUCUGUGAUGGCCAUUAUUAUUUAAAACUUACAUGUUUAAUAACAUUUAUUUAGCCAUUUUUGGUGGUCUAAAGUCAAAAAUAUCUUGGAAAGUUAAUUAGUCGAGGUCAGUAUUUUAUUUUUAUUUUAUUUUUGGCAAGGUUCAGGUUUUCGGAUGUCAAACUGAACCUGGUAUAAUCUGUAAUACUGUGUUUUUUUAUAUUGAAAGAUAUGUUUGAAAAUGAUGGAGAUGUAUACACAUAAUUUGGUCGAUCACAUUUUUAGAAAUAAAAUGUAUAUUAUAAAAAAGGAAAAACAACUAAACUGAAAAUAAUGUACUGGGCCAUAAAGUAGUAGUAUAAAUAAUGAAAAUGAGCCAAUACCAAGACUUUUUCUUAAAAAAGGUAUUUGUUUACACUUAUUUGUUUGAGAAAGCUAUUAUAUAGGGUUUCAGAAAUAUCCAUACACUUUUUAUGCAUUUCUAAAUCAAAACUGUGGGUUAUGGCUGUUUUGUAAAACCCUAUUUAUAAUUUAUUAGGAAAGCUGUGUAGCCUAAAAGAGAGAUCAGAUGAGGAGAUUUGCCAUGCAAAUAUUGUACAAACAAAACAAAACAAAACAAAAAUCUAAUCAAAACAAUAAAAACAAUCAGCUGUGAAGUUUGCUUUUUGAAGUUUGUGUUUUCUAUUGAAUUCUUACUAAGUGCUUUGAUCAUUUGAAUUUGCUCUUACAGUUCUGUGAUAUUCAGAAGGCUUUCCUAGAAAUUAAAUCUUUUCAGUUGAUAAAUCUUUUUUUUUUUUUUUUUUUUUUUGCAUUUUUAAAAUGCUUAUUUUGUGCUACAUAAAACAUUCCAUAGUCAUGCCUUGGUUUUAAUGUAGUACUUAUUUUGGGCUAUUCUUUUUGUUGUGUGUGGAAUUUUGUAGAAGUUCUAUGUUUACUGAGGCUGUUAUAUAUUUGUUUUUCUCCAUAUUUAUCUAAUUUAAACUCUAAAGAGGAAAUGUGACUGAAGCUGCAUCGUUGUUUGUUUAAAAUGUUUUUUUUUGGGAUUGCAUUUCUGUAAAUAUUUUAGUAUGUGUGAAUGUUUAUAUCUAUGUGUCCCUCUCGUAAACAUGUUUUGAGAUGUGUGUUUAUCUUUGUGCAUGUGAAUAAAUGUGUACAACUGUA